AUGGAAUCUCCGGCGUACGCCGGGCAUCUCCUCGUGGCCGACACGAUCACGCGCAUCAUGAACGAACGGAACAGCAGGCAGGACGCGGCUUUCGAGCGCCUCCUAGCUGUCCUCGAGCGCAUGGCGCCAGCACCGUCAAGCAAGGAACCUCCCGCGACUGGCGGAACGGCGUCACCCGGGGGUCGCAGUGGCACAACUCCAUCAGAUGGGCCGCCCCGUUCCGACCCUUCUACGGCGCCUUCCGUGAUCAUGGCGCCCCCUUCAUCGGCGCCGCGCAGACGCGUCCUCCUCAUGGCGCCUAAGCCAGGCAGCGUGAAUGCGGGUGCCGAAGCGGUGGCGCCGCUCGACCACCUCCGCACGGGAUGUGGCGGGAGUUGGAUGCCACCGAUACUGUCGCAUGCCAUGGCGCUCCCACCACGGGUUCCUUGCGCGCGUCGGUGGUCCGCGCGUUCUUCCGCGUGCAAUCCCCCGACAUUCUUCCUGCUGCUCGAUCAUGUUGUGAAGAAUGACAGCACACCCCACCCCCGCACACACCCUCCACAGCUUGCACUCGUGGCAGUUACUGAAGAUCCUCCACCUGCCUUUGAAUAG